UGUGAUUAAGGUGGGGCAUUAGCGCUGAUUUACCGGGAGCGAGUGAGAGCUACAAUCUGCUUAGACUCAACAACACGAUAUCGCCUUAGUAGGUGGACAUGGCAUCAAAGAUUUGGGGGGAGUGAGGUGAAGUUACAAGGUACAAGCAGCUGAAGAUACAGGACAGAACAGCUCCUCAUGGCUGCUACAGCCAGUAGCAGAACUGGAACUCCAAGAUCGGGGUGGGUCGCUUUUACAGAUGAGGAGUCACAGGCAGAUGAGGACCACCUCCAGAACUCUUUAGACCAGCCUGUGCUGGACUCCUCUUCUUGGGCAGAAGUACCAUGUGUGCCUGGCCACAAAACAGAGCAGACAGAUUCCUGGGUUCAGUUUGAUGAGAAACCAUGGUCACCCUCUCCUCCUCCCUCAACACAGGUAAAAGGUCCCAGGCACAGCAUUUGCUCUUCAGCCAGUUUCUGGAGUACCAUUCCCCCAUCAGAGAGCAGCUGGACCACCCAAUCAGAGGAGCAGAGCUCCGUGAGCAUGGGGGCGUCAUCCUGUGACCUGCCCUCUCUUAACACUGAAGAGCCACCCAGUCAAACACCCUCCUGUCCCCACUCUCCUAAUUCUUCUGUGUGCCAAGAGGAUGAAGGAAUGAACAUGGAUUCAUUCAACUGGACAGCAAAUGACCAACACAGUAAUGGCCAUUCAUAUGUCACCUCCAACCACUUUACCGGUUGGGUUACUUUUGAUGAUGAUGAGGACUCAGUUUUCCAGCCUCCAGGGAGACCGUCUAAUAUAAAACUGGAUAACCUGAACAAUUCUCCACUGCAGGAUGCCAACAGCAACUUGAUUUCAUCUUCCUUUUUGGGCCAGAUGACAGAGAGACACAUCCUGGAUUUGACCCCUGAUGGCAACAAUUCCAUCUUAGCCUUUGAUAACACACUAUCGAACAACAGCGUCCCUUACAACAAGAAGAACCCUUUCCUGGAUGAUGAGUUCUCCAACCUACAACCUUCUCCUAUUAACCCUUUCAGUGCCUAUUUUGACAAAAGAGACCUGAAAACGUCCCAAGGCAUUGGCUUGUGUCAGGAGGCACCGAAUGUGUCCAGCUUCAGCUCACCGUUCUUUGAGUAUCAAGAUGCUGAUAUAAAAAAAGAAUCGAUUUUGCUUUUUUCAGCUCAGAAGGACUCCGCAGUUAGAAAAGAUAGUGUCCCAUCAGGCUUUCCUGUAGAUGGUCUGGAUCAACUCAGGAAUAUACACAUCUCUGACCCUGACCGUGACGGCAGUCCUACACUACCAGAUGAUUCGGUGGAUGAAGUUUGCCCAGAUGAUUCCACCUACGAACCAGACCACAUGACUCCUCAGGAAGGCUGGCCCAUGCUCCUGCGCAUCCCUGAAAAGAAGAACAUCAUGUCCUCACGCCACUGGGGACCAAUAUUUGUCAGAUUGACGAACAUUGGCCAGCUGCAACUUUUCUAUGAGAAAGGGCUGGAAAAGCCCUUCAAAGAAUUCCAGUUAAACUCCCAGCAUGAGAUAUCUGAACCCAAGCUUCAGAACUAUGAUGAGAACGGCCGGGUUCAUACCAUCAGUGUAGACCAGGUGGUUUACAAGGAGAAGAGGAAGAUCCAGCCCAAGGUCACGGUGGUUCAUUUGCCUGUAAGAGAGCAAGUAGUGAAGCUUGGGACCACAAACUACCAGGACUUCUUGAGCUUUCGUCAUGCUCUGCAGGAGAGGCUUGUAGGCCUCUCAGUGGAUCAAGAAGGUCUCAACUGGCCAACGACUUACUCUGAGGAGGAGGUCCACGUGGAGGUGAGGGAUAACUUUUAUGGGAUUCUGUCCAAAGGGGACAGCCGUAUCUUGGAGCAACUAGUUUUGACCCAAGUGAACAUGCUAGCAUUUUUAAAUGGAUCUCCACCUUGUAGUAUCGGCCUCAAUGAUGUCCAGGUCAAAGGUAAAGAGGUGGUUUCUCGGCAUGACAUAAUUCCCAACACAACGUCACGUUGGAUUCAACUGCGGGAUUGUCGACUGCAUGAGUGUGCAGACCAGUUAGAGUUCACAGAGUCCCGAGCCAUUACGUUUAGUCCUCCAGUUGGUCGUCGCUUUGAACUGCUGCGUUUUCGUACUGCGUUCGCAGAAAAAACCCUUCCCUUCACCCUGAGAACUGUCGCUUGUGUCAGGGGUGCGGAAGUGGAGGUGCAGUCCUGGCUGGUGAUGUCAACUGGGUUCUCAUCCAAUCGGGAUCCUUUAACUUUAAUACCAUGUGAAAACGUUGCUAUCCGUUACCCUAUACCAGAAAUUUGGGCAAAGAACUUUAGGCGCGAGAGUGUGACGGGAGAGAAAUCCCUGAAGGCUCGGUUCAAUAAAGGAGCCAGCUUUGGUUCAACCAGCACGUCAGGGCCCGAACCAGCCAUGAGGGUCACGCUCGGCACGGCUAAAUACGAACAGGCCUUUAGGUCUGUGGUGUGGAGGAUCAGUCGUCUGCCUGACAAGAACGCAGCACUGGGACAUCCUCAUACGUUCUUCUGUCGUUUGGAGCUGGGCUCAGAUUGGGAGGUGCCUCCUAAGUUUGAGUGCCUGGUAGAGGUUGAGUUUGACAUGCCCUCUGCUUCUGCGUCCAAAGCCAUUGUUCGCUCUCUGUCCGUGGGGGACAGAACUGACUUAAAAAAAUGGAUCACCUACAAAUCACAUUACCUCUAUAAGGUGGCAGUCGAGCAGAAGAAUGAGAGCAAAUUGGACAGUCCUCAAAAUGAGCAACCAGGCGAGUGCACUCAUCAGUGAGGAACCAGGAAGAGAGGGAGGUUCACAGGUUGCACUUGAACGAGAUAAAUGUUCAACCCUGAACUGGGGUAGUUUUCGUUUACAUUUAUUGCCCAUUUGGACAAUAUUUUGAAAUUGAAACAUAUUUAGAAUGAAAUGCAGAAAGGGAAAACACACCACAGAUCCCUUGCAACACUACAGUAUAUUUGCAGAUCUCCAUAUUAAUUUCAAUCAUCUCAUUAAGUCAUGUAAUCAUCUUUGCCUAAAACAAUGCAGCUGUCAUCAUUUUACUGAACUGCAGAUAUCAGAGAUUUUGUGUAAUUUUUUUUUUUUUUUUUUUUUUUUUGUAUAUUUUGGCCUAUGUAGAGACAUUUGUGUAGGGUUACCAGGUUAAUUUUCUUGCUAAUUUAACUUUGUACCGAGGAUAAUGAGGGACUCAUUAACUAACACAUUUCAGAGAACAAAAUUAAGUAACCCUUGCUAAUUUCUAGUUAAAACACAAAUGCUAUUAUAACAAAAGGUACUAGUAAUGCAAAUUGUUUACCUUAGAUUUGUGUUCACAAGUCUUUUAUAAGCACAUUUUAAUUUGUUUUCAUGAAUAUUUAUAUUUGAAUUCCAUUUUUAGAUCAACACAAAUUCCAAAUGAAAAUAUCAUUCACAUUAAAUUAGUUUGUUACACACUCAGAAUCAAAUUGCAAAUGAGUUAAGUUCCUAAAGUCUUAAAGCAGAGUAUUCCUGUGAGGGAAAUAGAUCAUGAAUGUCAAAUACCCUGUACUUUGCACAUCUUGAUGAAUUUAAGUGAGUAUAUUUAUAUACUGAGUUUAACAUUUAAGUAUGUUCAGAAUUACUAUAGAGGGCUUAAACUUUGUGUUUAACUAUUGAAAUCUGCUGUAAUGAUUUAUUGCUUCAUUUAACUAAUGGUUGUUGACAUUAUACUGAUAAGUAAUGUGUUUAAAAAGAAUAUAUUUAAGAUAACACUUACCAAAUAAUAUUUGUGCAUUAUUUCAGUUGCAUUUUCAUUUCAUGCUGUUUUGGUUUUGGGAAUCGCAGUUGCUUUUAUAUUUUUUUUUUUUGUGCACAAACCUAGAAUGAUUUCAAAAAUAUGUAUGUUUUAUUUGAUUAAAAUGAUGACACAGAGGAAAACACUCAACAUCAUGCUUCAUAUCAACUGCCACAUGUUUUCAUCUGACCUGACCCUGAUUUCACACUAGCGUUACACUGAAAGCAAAGAAUGAUUUAAAAAAAAUGUAGUUGUUUUUUUGCUGAUUAUUCAUAGUCUUAAAAUAGCUUGAGACAUUGAGAAAUAAUUGUCAUAAUUAUAAAAAAAAUAUAUUGCUUCUGUUAGUUUUGAUACUCACAGUAAAGCGACUUUGACAUUUGGCAAAGAAAUUAUUUGUUAGUGUCCCUGAUUGUUUAUUAUGUCUUAAGUUUGUUUUUUGUUUUUUCUGGGUUGGUAUUCUUUGUUAAUUUAAAAAAAAAUAUGCUUUGCUAAUUGAUGCAAUAUGGAUAGAUGCGUUUAAUUUUCUAUUGUCUUCAUAAUUGUAAUUCCACUAACAUCUGUCACUCGAUUAUGCACCAUCUCUCAACUGGACGGCAUGCAUACAAUAAAGUAUGUUUGAUUAAAAAAAA